AUGUAUCAUCCUCCACGUGGUGGCGUUCGAGGCGGAAGAACUGAUAAGCAUAGAGAAAACUAUCUUGGACAUUCUUUACAUGCACCUGUUGGAAGGUGGCAACAAGGCAAGGAUCUUACAUGGUACGCUAAAGAUGGAAAGCAUGAUGAUUCACGCAAUGAGGAAAUCAGGGCAAUCAAAAACGCCGAGGCAGAUGUUAUGGCUGAAUUAUUAGGUGGCGGUAAAAGAAGGGUAGUCACAGGAAAUGUAACUCAACAGGAGCUCAGUAAUGUUUUAAAAAGGCAGCAAGAUGAGGAGGAGGAUAGCCUUAAGGAAGCAACUCAGGAAGUUACUAAAGGAUUUAGUUCGGGAAGAUUAUCAAUUAGUGAGAUGGUUUCAGAGGAUACUUUACUUCAAGAUGAUAGCUCAAUCUCACACCGGGAUAAUAAGAAGAGAGCAUCAACAUUGCUACAGUCCGAAGAUAAGAGAAAAGCAAAGAAAGUGAAAAAAGAAGAAAAGAGAAAGAAACAUAAGAAAGAAAAACAUCGCAGCAAAGACAAGCAUACAAAAAGCAAAAAAAAUGAAUCCCAUUGA